GCAGAUAAGCUCGCGAGGGCGGAAGUGAGCAGCGGCUGCGCGGAGGUUGGGGCCGCCGCGCUUGCUGUGGGGUGGGCAAGCUGUAGAAAUGACGCCCCCCGGGAGUCGCGUGGUUCCAGUGGCAGUGUUGCUGCUUUUGCUUUGGGGGGCUCCCUGGACCCACGGGCGGCGGAGCGACGUGCGCAUCAUCACGGACGAGAACUGGAAAGAGUUGCUGGAAGGAGAGUGGAUGAUAGAAUUUUAUGCUCCAUGGUGUCCUGCUUGUCAGAAUCUUCAACCAGAAUGGGAAAGUUUUGCUGAAUGGGGAGAAGAUCUUGAGGUUAAUGUUGCAAAAGUAGAUGUCACAGAGCAGCCAGGGCUGAGUGGACGAUUUAUCAUAACUGCUCUUCCUACUAUUUAUCAUUGUAAAGAUGGUGAAUUUAGGCGCUAUCAGGGCCCAAGGACUAAGAAGGACUUCAUAAACUUUAUAAGUGAGAAAGAGUGGAAGAGUAUUGAACCUGUUUCAUCAUGGUUUGGUCCAGGUUCUGUUCUGAUGAGUAGUAUGUCUGCACUCUUUCAGCUAUCUAUGUGGAUCCGGACUUGCCAUAACUAUUUUAUUGAAGACCUUGGAUUACCAGUUUGGGGAUCAUAUGCAGUUUUUGCUUUAGCAACUCUGCUUUCAGGACUAUUACUAGGACUCUGUAUGAUAUUUGUGGCAGAUUGCCUUUUUCCUUCAAAAAGGCGCAGACCACAGCCAUACCCUUCCAAAAAAUUAUUACCUGAAUCUUCUCAACCUUUGCAAAAAGUGGAGGAGGAACAAGAGGCUGAUGAAGAAGAUGUUUCAGAAGAGGAAGCAGGAAGUAAAGAAGGAGCAAACAAAGACUUUGCACAGAAUGCCAUAAGACAACGUACUUUGGGUCCUUCAUUGGCCACAGAUAAAUCCUAGUUAAUUUUUCUUAAUAUCAUAAUAUUAUUUUGGCAGAAAGAGAAGAUUGAUCAUUUGUUUUGGUUUGAAGUGAACUGUGACAUGCUUGUACAUUGCAGGGUUCAGUCUAGAUUAUCAUUAGAUUGAACAGACUACCUUCAGAAAAUAAAAGUAGCACUACA